GCCUUUUCGAUGGCGCCAAAAAUAAAAACACGGAUUACACGUGGGAGAAUGAGUGGGAAUUCAAUUGUUUUCUCUACUUAGUAUUUAUGGUUACUGUCGUUAGCAUAAGUUGAAUUGAAAAUCGUGUGUAUUUGGGAUUCUGACUGCCGCGCAUUCAAGCAUCAGCUAUGGAGGUUCCAGAGGAAGUCCAUCAUGUCCAGAGGAUACUCUCUUCAAUGCAGAAGACUCUGGAAUGCAGGAUAUGUCUGGACCUGUUCGAUGAACCCUCACAGACCAAGUGCGGCCACACGUUCUGCACCGAGUGUCUCCACCAGCUGACCAAGAAGCCUGCGCCCUGCCCGCUCUGCAAGGAGCGGCUGACGAGGCGCAGUUUCGCCGCCGACCGCCAGGCGGCAGCACUGGCGACGGCCGUCCGCCGGUUGGUCGCAGCAGUACAGGAGGACUGUGGCUUCAAUGUGUCGCCGUCCAAGUUCCGGCCUCGCCCGAGUAUCGAGGCUAUCGAGACAAACCCUGCGCGUCAGACGGUGGCGCCGGAGACAAACCCUGCGCGUCAGACGGUGGCGCCGUCCGCCGACCGCUCCGCCGCCACCGAGCAGCACGGCUCAGCAGCCGCCGGUGGUAAAAAGGCAGCUGCCAAAAACGACGACGAGCUGGACCUCCUCUCGGCCAGUCAGGUGCUCGAGUUUGACGGAGAGCGGGUGGGCGAGUCGCUGGCUCCGCCGCCGCCGCCACUGCCUGCCGACGCCGAGCGGCGGAUCAGCGGCAGAACGCGCGUCAACCUUUGGAUCGGCGAGGCUCGGGAGGCGGGGUUCGGGAUCUCCGAGGUGGAGAGCCCGACGAUCGCCAAGCUGGACAAACUCCGCGAGAAGGACGGCGGUCGGCUGGAGCGUCGCCUGAUGGAGGAGAAGCGCCGACUGGGGGUGGCCCCCCUGGACGACGCGGAGGGCGAGGCCGACAAGGAGAAUCGACUCGAUGUGAGCGGUGCCGAGGGGACCGUCGGCGGCAAGGGCGACGCUCGGAGAGUGGUGGAUGAGAGUGUUGAUGACGGGGACUCGGCGAGGGAACAGGGGUCAACGCCGGCGCCAGCCACCGCGAAACGCUUCUUCAAGGCGCGCGCCUCCGCCGUUGAUGGCACGACGUCAGUGGAGAGGCAGACGCAGACCCAGACGGAAGGAACGGAGACAGCCGAGGAGGAUCCCUACUUCUUCAUCAGCAGUCAGCGCACGCCUCCCAAGAAGAAGAAAAAGAGGCAGCAGCGGACCGACAAGAAGACCAAGCCCUCCGCUGCCAAGAAGCUCACCGUGACGAAGAAGUCCCGGGCGGCGGGCGCCGGUCCCUCGGACGGACCUGCCGCCGAUUUCGACGAGCUCGACGCGGAGGCGGCGGCUAGUCGCCGUCGCGCUCCGCCCCGCCGCGCGCGUCAGGCGGCCGUCCGCGCCGCCGAGUUCCUCGCGCUGCCCGGAGACACCACCCUCAGCCAGGAGAGCGCCGCCGACUCCGACUUCGAGCCUCCUGUGCCGAAAAAGACCCGGCGGGACGCGCCUCGCGCCACCACCCGUGUCGCCGCCAAACCGGCCCCGGUGACGCCGAAACUGCAGCUGGCGCGCGCUGAGCUCGGCACCGCCAGCCAGGAGGUGCGCGUCAUCCAGGAGCUGUUUGAUGACGCCGCGCCGCCGCCGGGUCAGGUGACGCCGCGCGGCGGCCACCGGGACACGAUGACACGUGCCGAGGCGCUCAGGAAGAGCGAGGCGUCGGAGCAGGAAGAGGCGGUGACGCCCAAGUCGGUGACGUUCAGCGAGGAUGUCACGGUGAAGGAGAUACCGCGGGUGCGCCGGGAGGUGGCGGAGAAAGAGGGGAUAGACGGCGAGGAGAUGAGGGAAGUUGCGGAGGGAGAGAGGGAGACGGACCUCCCAGAACGCCCAGUUCAGACUUCACAAACGGGAGGCACCCGGCCGCCCAAACCCGGCCAGCCAGAGCCGCAUAUAACAAAACCAGGAACACCGAAACCACAAACAGCCCAUCGGGAGGCGUCCAAGCCUCCGACAUCAAACCGUCUGUCUGCUGAGAAUCCUACGGCAGCAGGGGAGAACGCUGGGGUUUCAACGGCCGCUGAAGAUGACUCUCUGGCCACCGACCACCCCGGCUCCUCUCAGUGUGAUCUGAGCGCCGGCGAGCUGGCAGCCGCCGGCCUGCCGCCGCCGCCCGCCGCCCGCUCGCCCGGCUGGUCGCGCCUGCCGCGACUCAAGACCUCGUUCGGCCUGAAAGCGGAGCUGAACGUGAAGGGCGGCCGGCGCACGCCGACCAAGGAAGACCGCCACUCUGACGGGCCGCCGCCCAUCGUCCCCUUCGACGCGGCCGACGACGCGCCGCCGUCUCCGACGAGUCGAAUCGACGAGGAGGUGACUGCGUCGAGCGGCGACGACGUGGCGUCGGAGGGAUUCACGGCGAGCCAGCCGAAGCGGAUGGGGAAGAAGGUUCGACAGUAUCGGGAGGCCGUGAAGGAACUGGAGGAUGAGGUGAUGGCGCUGGAGACGGAGACAGAGCGAGGAGGAGGGGGUAGGGCGGGAGAGGUGGUGCCCGAGACAGAGAUGGAGAUGGUAGAGGACGGACCAAACUGUCCAACUGACGCUGAUAUGGAUCGGCAGGAGGCGUCCGGCGAGGCUGUGGAGUCGGCGGCUGGAGGGGGAGAUAUCUCAGACGUUGAGGACGCGGUUGAACUGGAGGGCACUCCGCCGCCUCUGCUGUCGCCUCAGGAACCCCCCUCUGCCUCUGCGCCCCGCCCCCGCUCCUCCCGGUCCUCUGCCCCCUCUGCCUCGGCCGGCGAGCGUCAGACAACCCGACUCAGCUCCCGCGGAACAGUUCCCAGCGCGGAGAGCGAGUCACUGCUCCGCGAGUCACCGCGGCGGGCUGACUCCGAGGUGCCCGCCACUGCGGGAUCUGCGGCGCCAGCACCGGCUCCUCCAACCUCCAGGGCGGCUCCUCCCGACUCCAGGGCGGCUCCUCCACCCGGACCGCCUCCUCCGGACUCUGAGGACUACCAGGUGGAUGUCGGCGUGCCGUCCGCCGGCCGGCGCCGCUCCGGCCGCGGUCAGUCCGGUCGGCUGUCCCGCUCCAGUCCGCGGGGAUCAGCGGCGCACGGCGCGGACAGAGGCGCUGACGAGGACGAGCAGGCGCCCGCUGCCCCGGCCGCCUCCCCGUCGGUCCGCCGGGCGGGGGCGGGGACGGGUCGGCGGCGGGCGGUGCGGGUCCGCCGGGCGGUGCCCAGCCGUCGGCUGCUGGUCCGCCUGCUGGCCGGCCAGCGGCGACUCACAGCGCUGGUCGGACGGCUGACCAGCGAGCUGAGCAGGGCUAGCAGCGCGCAGACCGGACCGGCAGCGGCCGCCGGCGUGCAGGCCGUGCUGGCGGCCGUGGCGCAGGCCCAGGCGGCCACCGCGGCGCUCAGGUCUCCGUCCGCCCGGAGGUACUCCUCUGCGCGGGCGGCCGCCGGCGGCGCCUCCCUCUCGGUCGUCACCCCGGCGUUCAGUCCGUCCCGCCGCCGGGAGUCCGCCCGUCGGACCACCCCCACUGCCACUGCUGGGGCGGCGGCCACACCGGACAGGACAGAGGCUAAGGAAGCGGCUGUGGCGCGGGACUGGCUCUGGAGCCUUCGCGCCGGUCCGCGCGCCGCUCCCUGGCUGCUGAUGUUGACGCCGAGGUUACCCCCGCUGCUGGUGGAGCUGCUGAGGAUGCUGCCGGCGCUGAUCACUCUUCUGAACCCCCAGCAGCCGGGGAGGAUCUUGUGCCGCCGUCCCAGUCCUCCCCCUCGCCUCGCGGUGAGCUGA